AUGUCCCUUACAGACAAUGAAGAUCCGAGCUGGGUGAAUUCGACCAAAUCGGAUCCAUCGGUGCCAGGAACCUCCAAACAAGGCAGCGCCUGCGAGGCCUGCCACACCAGAAAAGUCCGAUGUGACAAGAAUCUCCAUGAGAGCACACGCGAAUCUUGCUCGAAUUGCCGGGACGCUGGAAGAGCGUGUCUGCCGCAUACCAGGAAACGCAGACGACAAGUCCUGCGCCACGACGAGAUCCCAUUGUCUGGGGAAGAGAAGAAGGUCCGGCGUGCAACAAAUGGCGAGAAGACCUCGACGCCGUCCCAGCAACCCAGCUAUCUCGGUCGUGCCGACUACAUCUCGGCCCACGCAGAGAUCGACGAGGACGACGCGACUCACUACCACAGUCCCGGCCCCCGCGCCGGCUCAUGGCACACCUUCGAGGUGAAGAUCCGGCGGCACUUGUCCGUGCUCGAGCAGCCUCAGGGGACGCUCCGACAGACGCUGCUGAGGAAUUUCCUACAGAGAUGUCGUCCGUGGAUGCCGUUGGUGAGCGAGGCGGACCUCGAACGGCUCGACUCGAAGAACAAAGACACUCUGCUUGUCACGGCCAUGCUGGUGGCGGGAAGCAUCGUCUCGUCCACGCCCCAGGCGGCAGAACAGGGCCAGCGGUGCUACCAGCGCGCCAAAGUGCUCUUCUACACGAAUGCCGAGCAAAAUCACCUCCACGCCAUCAUGGCCACCAUCUUCCUGCAGUGGCUGAACCCCUCCGGUCCGGAGCAUGUGUCGAUUGACAACAGCAGCUUCUGGCUCAGGAUCAGCGUCGCCCUCGCACACCAGCUGGGCCUCCACCGUGAGCCGGACUGGCGCAUGGCAGAUGCAAAGUUGAGGCGGAGGAUCUGGUGGGCUCUGGUCUCUAGGGAUAAUCUGAUCGCUGCCAGUCACGGACGUCCGAGGGCGACCAAUGCAGAAGACUCCAAUGUGCGACCCCUUCGCAUGGACGAUUUUGAUAGCGCCGACGAGGACGCACUUCUAUUCAUGCAUUUUGUCCAGAUCACGUCCAUUCUAGGAGAUAUGACGGCGGAGCACCGUCGUGGCACGCUCUCAGACCGCAAAAAGAUCGACUUUGAGGACACCCUUCGCCGAUGGCUGAAAGCUGUGCCACCGAGCUUACGUCUCUACAACCCCGAGACGAAGAGGCUGAAUGACUACAACUUCAAAUCCCGGCAGCUCCACACAAUCUACUUCACAUCCCUGAUCAUCCUCUUCCGACAAGACAAGAGAGAUCAGCCUCCGUCGCCCGUCGCCCUCCUCGCCGCCUCCUUCAUCUCGGGCAUCUUCGAAGAGUAUCUCACCUGGGAGGAUGUCUCGCAUCUCGCCGUGACCUCGAUAUUCUACCUCAUGGUCGCCGCACUCCUGCAACUGUCGUACCAGCGGUUUCCCUCGUUGGCCACACAUCGGACCGAAGAGAUCGAAAUCAUCAGAUCAUCACUGAACGAGUUCAAGAAGAGAUUCCCGUCCGGCCUCGGCGCCGAGAGAGUGGUGAACCAGAUGAUGAAGCAUUCCUCGACACUUCCAGAGACGGCGCAGUCUGUCCGGAUAGUUCUGACGCCGGAUCAGGCAGAGUUUUUCGCGCCCUUUGGCCCUGAACUGUGUCGGAAAUGGCAGCUGGUGGUCGAAAAUCCACCAUUGGGGCCGUUGGACGGCAUUGAAUGUUGUGCCUCCGGUGUAAGCCAGCCUGCCGACAGCGGGGCGGUCAACGCAGGACACACUGCAACUCAUCACCUGCCGGCGAGCACGGAUUUGCCGCAACAAGAACCACAGGCCAUGAUUCCCGCCGAGUCGGCAUGGGGUGGUGGUGGCACGCCGUUCGCGUUCAGCAUGGACGAUCCCAAUCUGUUCCCGGAUCAACUGGGCCUCGACAGCGUCGGUCGCUGGUGGUGGGCGGACUGGAUGCCCGAAGCAGACUUGGACUUCUUGUCCCGGACGCUGUAA